CACAGAGUUAAGGUAAACUGAGAUGCUUAUAUAAGCAUUCACCUCACUUCCCAUGUUUUCUUUCUCACCCCAUAUUUUUUCUUCUUUUUUUACUUAAAAAUAUGAAGCAGUAACCUUGUUCAUUAGAGCAUCCAUUCUUUCUUCAAUCAGUCACUGAUCUUUGAUUCUUUGGUAGGUUUUACAUGGAUCCAAAAGGGAGCCUGUGUUCUAACAACUGGGCUAGGUCCGCUUGCUUGACCUCUCCCGGGAAUGGAUUGCAGACAAAUAUGUCAUCGGAUCCAUCCCCUUUUUGUGGUGUUCGUGUUGAAGCGCCUUUCAAAGACUUCAACCAACCCUCUACUAACCAGUCUUUGCUUAUGGCAGAGCCAAACAAGGAUAUUAAGAUUUCUGAUAUAGAGAACUGUCCACUGACUGACUCAUCAUCGCAAACCGGUAAACUUCAAGAUUGGGAUCCGAAUGUGAUGUUAAAUAACCUUUCCUUUCUGGAAGAAAAGAUUCAUCAGCUCCAGGGUCUUGUUCAUUUGAUUGAUAAUAAGAAGUGUCAACCUUUUGCGCAACCUGAUGCGCUUGUGACACAGGAGCAGCAACUCAUCACAGCUGAUCUUACAUCAAUUAUUGUUCAACUGAUCUCUACUGCUGGUAGUCUUCUCCCGUCCGUUAGGCACACUCUCGCAAACACGAGUCCAUUGGUCAGUCAGCUUAGCCAGCUUCGUGGCCUUAACCUUCCUUUUGGAUCCGGCCCCAGUGGUGGUAUUCAGCCACAAAAUAAUAAUGUAAAUAAAGUGUUUGAUCAGUCCACUCAGAAUGAUGUACCUAAUAAUUGUGAACUGGAGCAAAACAACAUGGAAGAGCAUGAAACAAAAGAUGAAGAAGAUGUGGAGGAGGGAGAGAACCUUCCACCUGGUUCCUAUGAGAUUUUGCAGUUAGAGAAAGAAGAAAUCCUUGCACCCCAUACACAUUUCUGUACAAUUUGUGGGAAGGGAUUCAAGAGGGAUGCGAAUCUUCGCAUGCACAUGCGGGGACAUGGGGAUGAGUACAAAACCCCGGCGGCUCUUGCAAAGCCGCAUAAAGAAACCGGAUCCGAACCAAAGCUCAUCAAGAGGUAUUCCUGUCCCUAUGCCGGCUGCAAGCGAAAUAAGGAUCACAAGAAGUUCCAACCUUUAAAGACUAUUUUAUGUGUUAAAAACCACUACAAAAGGACGCAUUGCGACAAGAGUUACACUUGUAGCAGAUGCCACACCAAGAAGUUUUCAGUCAUGGCAGACCUUAAAACUCAUGAAAAGCACUGUGGUAAGGAUAAAUGGCUUUGUUCAUGCGGUACAACAUUUUCGAGGAAGGACAAGCUUUUCGGACACAUUGCUCUUUUCCAAGGCCAUACACCUGCAAUUCCUUUGGAAGAAACUAAAGUACCGGCGGUUCCAACUGAUCUUGACAGCAAAGAUAACACAUGUGAUAAGGUUGGAAAUAUGAACUUCUGUUUCGGAUCAAAUCCUCCAAAUGAAAAUGAAGUUCAAAACAUCAUGGAUGUGAAGGGUAACAUUGAUGAUCCAAUUAAUUAUUUCUCAUCAUUGAACUUUGAAGGUUGCAACUUUGGUGGGUUUAAUGAAUUCUCCCAGUCUCCAUUUGAAGAUUCAGAUGCUUCUUUCUCAUUUCUUAUGUCUGGAUCUUUUAACUAUGCUCCUAAACCAGGAGGUGAAUCAACUUCUGACAAUCUGUAGUAACAAUUUGUACUAGUAGUUCCUCUGCAUAAUAUCUAUGAUUCUAUGUUAUCCCUUUUAUUCCUCUGUGAAUGAAUAAAACAUAUGUUUCUGUGAUGUUUUAAAGUCAGGGUAAUAUCAUGUACCUCUUUAUUGCUUAAAAAUAGAAAGAUUAAUUAAUUCUCUUGAA